CUCAGUCGGACCCGCCCCUCUCCCAGUCUCCUCCGCGGCUCCCCCCUCCCCGAGCCAGGCGGAGCUGGAGCUGGGAGCGACGUCGUUCCUUGCCGCCGUCUCUCCCCAGUGACCGAGGGCACCGGCGCUGCCCGGCGGGACCCCUUCUCCGGCCGCCGCCCGACGCCUAAUCUCGCCGUCGCCUCUGCUGGAGCCAGCAUUGCCCGGGAAGCAGCCAUGAGCUGGGGCACGGAGCUGUGGGAUCAGUUUGAUAACUUGGACAAGCAUACGCAGUGGGGCAUUGACUUCUUGGAGAAAUACGCAAAAUUUGUAAAAGAAAGGAUAGAAAUUGAGCAAAACUAUGCAAAACAACUGAGAAAUCUGGUUAAGAAGUACUGUCCUAAACGUUCACCCAAAGACGAGGAACCCAGGUUUACUUCGUGUAUUGCCUUUUUUAACAUCCUUAAUGAGUUGAAUGACUAUGCAGGACAACGAGAAGUAGUUGCAGAAGAAAUGGGACACCGAGUGUAUGGAGAAUUGAUGAGAUAUUCUCAUGAUCUGAAAACUGAGAGAAAAAUGCAUCUUCAGGAAGGGCGAAAGGCUCAACAGUAUCUGGACAUGUGCUGGAAACAGAUGGAUAAUAGCAAAAAGAAAUUUGAGAGGGAAUGCAGAGAGGCAGAGAAGGCACAGCAAAGCUACGAAAGACUGGACAACGACACUAAUGCGACAAAGGCUGAUGUUGAGAAGGCUAAGCAACAGUUAAAUCUGCGCACACAUAUGGCUGAUGAAAACAAAAAUGAAUAUGCUGCACAACUACAGAAUUUUAAUGGAGAACAGCACAAACACUACUACAUUGUCAUUCCUCAGAUUUAUAAGCAACUUCAAGAAAUGGAUGAAAGAAGGACUAUCAAACUUAGUGAAUGUUACAAAGGCUUUGCUGACUCUGAGCGCAAGGUUAUUCCGAUUAUCUCUAAAUGUUUAGAAGGGAUGAUCCUUGCAGCAAAAUCAGUUGAUGAACAUAGAGACUCUCAACUAGUGAUAGACUGCUUCAAAUCCGGUUUUGAACCUCCUGGAGAUUUUCCAUUUGAAGAUUACAGUCAGAAUAUUUACAGAACUAUCUCUGAUGGAACCAUCAGUACACCAAAGCAGGAAGGAAUGAGAAUUGAUUCAAAAACUACAGUGGGCAAGGCUAAAGGAAAGCUGUGGCUAUUUGGAAAGAAGCCAAAGGGCCCUGCACUAGAAGACUUCAGCCAUCUCCCUCCAGAACAAAGACGCAAGAAACUGCAACAGAGAAUCGAUGAACUUAACAGAGAACUACAGAAGGAAACAGACCAAAAAGAUGCCCUCAUCAAGAUGAAGGAUGUUUAUGAAAAAAACCCCCAGAUGGGUGAUCCAGGCAGUUUGCAGCCAAAAUUAACUGAGACUAUGAGCAACAUGGACCGUCUUCGGAUGGAAAUACACAAGAAUGAGGCCUGGCUCUCUGAAGUUGAAGGUAAAGUAGCAGCCAGAAGCGACAGGCGGCACAGCAGUGAUAUCAACCACCUUGUAACACAGGGCAGAGAGAGCCCCGAAGGGAGUUACACGGAUGAUGCAAAUCAGGAAGUUCGAGGCCCGCCACAGCAACAUGCACAUCCAAAUGAGUUUGAUGAUGAGUUUGAAGAUGAUGAUCCAUUGCCAGCUAUAGGACAUUGCAAGGCAAUAUAUCCAUUUGAUGGUCAUAAUGAAGGCACUCUAGCAAUGAAAGAAGGGGAAAUUUUGUACAUUAUUGAGGAGGACAAAGGAGAUGGGUGGACAAGAGCUCGAAGACAUAAUGGAGAGGAAGGCUAUGUGCCAACAUCAUAUAUAGAUGUAACGCUAGAGAAAAACAGCAAAGGUGCAGUAACCUAUAUCUAACAGUAAACUGGCAGCUUUCAGUUGUACAUUCCCCAGGGAAAAUAGUGGAAAAAUAGUAAGUUACACAGGUUCGUGGAAAGCAUUAGAAUAUCAGAAGUCAGCAAUGGUCUGUUUGCAAUGUGAGUUUGCUAUAGUUUUUUCAGAGAUGACCGCAUUAAAUUAUGCAUCUUACAUUGGUCUGGAAUUUUGACCAAUGUCUUCUGCUUUAACUGAUCUAGUGUUCCUGCUUUACAAAGCACUAAAUCCAAUUCAACAAAAAGACCAGGAUUCCUGCUUGUUCUGUAGAAUACUUUGUUUUUGUAGAGAACUGAAAAAUUACUUAAAGGUCUCUUAAGAUUUACUGUUCCCACUUUUAUGAUUAAACGAUAUGCUUAAAACAGAGGGUUUUUUCCUCUAAUAACUAACUGAACUCAGUUACUGAAAAUUAUUAAUUUCCUUCCUCAGCAAAUACUUGGCAGCUUUCACUUCUUAAACAGGAAAAUGUUUUCUGAUUCUGAAAGCUCAACAAAAAUACUCAGGAAAAAACA